AGCCCCGGGAUUUUUGGGGGGUCACCCCCUGACCCCGAGGAGCCGCCCCCCAAAACCAGCCCGGACCGGGACCCCCUCGGGGAGGACCCUCAGGCCCUGGCCCGGCGCCUUUUCCGCCUGGACUGGGGGUCAGGAAGUCCCAGGUGGCCUCGUACCUGCGCAAGGACACGGAGUUCAGCGCUCGGGUGGCGCGGGAGUACCUGGAGCUCUUCCAGUUCCAGGGGCUGAGCCUGGAGCAGGCCCUGAGGCAGUUCCUGCGGGCCCUGGUGCUCUCGGGGGAGACCCAGGAGCGCGAGCGAGUCCUGGGGCACUUCUCGAGCCGCUUCCACCGCUGCAACCCCGGCGCCUUUCCCUCGGCUGACUCCGUUCACACCCUCACCUGCGCCCUGAUGCUGCUCAACACCGACCUGCACGGCCAGCGCCUGGGCCGGGCCAUGAGCAGCUCUGAGUUCGUGACCAACCUGAGUGGGAUGAUGGACGGGCAGGACUUCCCCCGGGAGCAGCUCAAGGCUCUGUACGGUUCCAUCCGCAGCCGGAAACUGGAAUGGGCAACGGACGACGAGGACGAGCCCGGGGCCGAUUCCCAAAAGGCCAAAAAAGCCCCAAAAUUCCCAAAUCCCGAAAUUCCCCCAGAACUUCUGGGGGGCUCCGGCCCCGCCCGCAGGGGGGUCCUGGCCAGGAAGGUCCUGGCAGAGAGCGACGGCAAAAAGGCUCCGUGGGGCCGGCGGGCUCCGUGGGGCCGGCGGGGCUGGAAGCGUUUCGGGGCCGAGCUGCGGGGGCCCCUCCUGGUGCUGCAGAGGGACCCCCCCGAGGGCCCCGAGGAGUUUCUGGGGCUGCCCCACGCCCUGGCCCAGCCCCACCCCAAAUACACCAAACGCCCCCACGUGUUCCUGCUGCGCACCGGGGACCGCCGGGAGUUCCUCUGCCAGGCACAGAGCGCCCUGGAGCUGUCCCAGUGGGUGUUUGGGAUCAACGUGGCCGCCGCCCUCUGCUCGUCCCCCCCCUUCCCCGCGGCCGUGGGGUCCCGGCGCCGCUUCGUGAGACCCAUCCUGCCCUCGGCGCCCAGCCGCUGCCCCCCGAAAUGUCCCAUCCUGCCCUCGGCGCCCAGCCGCUGCCCCCCGGAGCAGCAGCAGUGCCAGCUGCGCCGCUGGUUGGGGACAGUGACGUGCCAGCUCCUGGAGCACCAGCGGCUCCUGCCCGAGGGACGGGGACGGGAGCAGGAGGAGCACCGGGCACACGGGGACUUCCUGCGCCACGAGCGCCAGCGCUGCCUCACCUACGUGCAGGCGCUGGGGGCGUGGCUGCGCGGGGACAGCGGUGACAGCGCCACCCUCGGGGACAGCGCGGAGCUCGGGGACAUCCCCGAGGACGCCCUUGGGGACAGCCCCGAGUGUCCCCACGGCCCCGCGCCGCUCACCAAGUGCCACUCGAGCCCCUCGCUGGUGCCGGAGCCGCCCCCGGGCCGCGUGCGGCGCCACAUCUCGGAGCGCAGGGCCACCCGUGUCACUGUCCCCAAGCGCCACCGCGACCGCCUGUGACUGUCACCAAUGUCACUGUGACUGUCCCCAGUGUCCCCAGUGUCACUGUCACUGUCACCAAUGUGUCACUGUCACAUCUCGGAGCGCAGGGCCACCCGUGUCACUGUCCCCAAGCGCCACCGCGACCGC